AUGCUAUGCCAGGUGGUGAUUAGUGUCAUGAAGAAAGAGAGUGAUGGGGAUAAAGGAGACUGUCCAGGGUCAGACCCAGCUGUGCUGACCAUCGUCAUAUUUCACAGAGAUCCUCCCAUCCCUACAGCCCUGCAGCCAGACCUCUGCCUGGAGCCUCCAUACACAUGUCCCUGCAAGGCGAAAAUAAUCAGACACUUCUACAAUGCCAAGUCCAGCUGGGGUGUGAGAAGCUCAGUCACCCCCAGCUUUCCUCGGGAGCCCUCCUGCAAGGCCCUCUGCCUCUCUGCAGCCCUUCUCAUCCUCCUGGGCACUGUGAUGGCCGGCAUCCUGGUGGGUGAAAUCAGCAACCAGGCCCAGGCCCUUCUGGUCCUCCUGGUCAGUCUGGUGGACAGCACCCCAGCGCUUAGAAACAAUAUUCAGGACCAAGGACUUGAGACAAGCCAGAGAAGGGGACCUGAGAAGCAGUCAGAACCCGAUGUGUUUCCAGAUAUCAUUAACGACGUGAUUUUAGCAGAUUCUCAGCCUGCCUUCUGCCUGGAGCCUAAGUUAGCUGGUUCCUGCAAGAACAAGACAGCCAGGUACUUCUACAACGCCAAGACUGGGUGCUGCGAGCCGUUUGUUUAUAGUGGCUGUGAAGGGAGCAAAAACAACUUCAACACGAUAGAGGACUGCUUAAAGUCCUGCUGUCCCGACUGCAUGAAGACCUGCUGCCCACUGGAAGAGUCCCAGGGAGGGCAUGCGAAGAGUGGUCCCGGAAACUUUGAAGGCCAAGGAUGGCCCCUGCAGGGCUGGGUUGUGGCUGCUUCUGAAACAGUUCAGUCUUCUCACACCCUGCUGAUUUUCCUGGACACCGUUCUGGUCAGCAUUCUGGGGGAUGAAACCAGCAACCAGCUCCGGGGUACAUCCCAGCUCACCUCUCCCCUACAGACUGGAGGGGAAGGUGGUGAGUGCAUGGAAGGGGUGGGAAGAGGGGUGUGGAGGAUGCUGCCAGCCCUCUCUGGAUUUCUUCUCGAACAUCCUCAGGAGCCCUCCUGCAAGGCCACCAAGAUGAGACGGCUCUGCCUCUCCGCAGCCCUUCUUGUCCUCCUGGUUAUCCUGGUGGACAGCACCCCGCUGAAUAUACACCAUAUCCAGGAUGAAGGUCUGGAGACAAGCCAUACACGGGAACUUGAGAAGCGUUCAGUAGUAAAUGUGGUUAAAAGUAUCCUCGGCGGUGUGAUUACAGGUACUAAGAUUGUUGGAAAUGGAGCCAGUAUAUUAACAGGAUUGGCUGAAAUAAUCAACAAAGCACUUAAAGGUCAGGUGAUGAUUUCGGGAAUUCAAUUUGAUAACCAUACACAAGAGGAACUGGCAACACUGGAGAUUGAAUACUCAACACUCAGUAAGGAGAUUAAAGGUGUGGAGACAAGCCAUAAACAAGGCCUUGAGAAGCGCUCAGUACUACCUGUGGUUAAAGGCAUCCUCGGUGGUGUGCUUAAAGGUGCCAAGAUUUUCGGAAAGGGAGCCAGUAUACUAACAGGAUUGGCUGAAAUAGUCAACAAAGCACUUAAAGGUCAAGUAAUGAUUUCUGGUAUACAAUUCGAUAACCAUAUGCCAGAGGAACUGCCAACACUCCAGAUUGAAUACUCAACACUCGGUGAGGAGAAUAAAGGUGUGGAGACCAGCCAUAAACCAGGCCUUGAGAAGCGUUCAGUAAAAAAUGUGAUUAAAAGUGUCCUCGGCGGUGUGAUUAAAGGUUCCAAGAUUGUCGGAAACGGAGCCACUAUACUAGGAGGACUGGCUAAAAUACUCAACAAAACACUUAAAGAUGAGGUGAUGAUUUCGAGCAUACAAUUCAAUAACUAUACAGAAGAGGAAUUGCCAACACUCGAGAUUGAAUACUUACCACUCACUGAGGAGACUAAAGGUGUGGAGACAAGCCAUAAACAAGGCCUUGAGAAGCGCUCAGUACUACCUGUGUACUACCUGUGGUUAAAGGCAUCCUCGGCGGUGUGCUUAAAGGUGCCAAGAUUUUCGGAAAGGGAGCCAGUAUUAACAGGAUUGGCUGAAAUAGUCAACAAAGCACUUAAAGGUCAGGUGAUGAUUUCCGGGAUACAAUUCGAUAACCAUACACCAGAGGAAUUGCCAACACUCCAGAUUGAAUACUCAACACUCAGUGAGGAGAAUAAAGGUGUGGACACAAGCCAUAAACAGGGCCUUGAGAAGCGCUCAGUACUACCUGUGGUUAAAGGCAUCCUCGGCGGUGUGCUUAAAGGUACCAAGAUUUUCGCAAAGGGAGCCAGCAUACUAACAGGAUUGGCUGAAAUAGUGAAGAAAGCACUUAAAGGUCAGGUGAUGAUUUCCGGGAUUCAAUUCGAUAACCAUACACAAGAGGAAUUGCCAACACUCCAGAUUGAAUACUCGACACUCAGUGAGGAGAAUAAAGGUGUGGAGACAAGCCAUAAACGGGUACUUGAGAAGCGUUCAGUAGUACAUGUGGUCAAAAGUAUCCUCGGCGGUGUGAUUAAAGGUACCAAGAUUUUCGGAAAGGGAGCCAGUAUACUAACAGGAUUGGCUGAAAUAGUCAACAAAGCCCUUAAAGGUCAGGUGAUGAUUUCCAGAAUACAGUUUGAUAACCAUACGCAAGAGGAAUUUCUUACACUCAAUAUGGAAUACUCAACACUCAGUGAGGAGAUGAAAGUUUCACCAACUUCUAAGCCUGCCUUCUGCCUGGAGCCUAAAGUAACAGGUGGCUGCAAUACCAUGAUGACCAGGUACUUCUACAAUGCCCAGACCGGCCUCUGUGAGCAGUUUGUGUACAGUGGCUGUGAAGGAAAUGCAAACAACUUCGAGAAGUUAGAGGACUGCAUGAAGACCUGCUCUCAAGAGGCAGGGUCCCUGUGGUAA